GAAGUCUAUUGAAACAGCGGCAUGACAGAUGGCGCCACAGAUUGUGGACGUAAAACAACAUCGCUCUUAUCGCGACAAAAUCCCAUAUCAAACAACGCUAAAAAAUAAUAUCUGAGGAAACCUACAAAGAAAAGUCAAGCGAUUGUGUACGACGCGGAUGACGAAAAGAUGGAUGUGUAAAACGAGCCCUUGUGUGGGUUUUAAACUUUGUGUGAGCAAAAUAAUCUAUAUGCCCAAAUUUUUAUAAAUCAUAAAUAAUGGAGUUCAUCAUAUGUAUCAGAAGAUUGUUAAGUGGAAAGGUUCAUAAUUUACAGUUUUAGAAGAUGCAACUUUCGAAAGAUGCAACUUUCGAAAGAUGUACGAAAGGGACGCUUGUUUUGGUCUUCUUUCUCCAUAUUUUUGAUCGAGUGGAUUAUUAUUGUUUUGACCUAAAAUCUUGUGACCUAUUUGGGAUUUGGUAUGUAUAAUUUCAGUUAAUGGAAACUAGAGAGUGGUGGAACUAUUUCUACUAUAUCAUUUACUUCAUUUAUUUGAAAUUACAAUGAUAUUGGUGGAAGAAGAGAGGAGGCUGAACAAAUAAACACCAUGCCAUUCCUAUGCGAAUCAACGCUUGGAUCGCCGAUUGUGUCUGAGCGGUUCUCCAAUAGAAUUAACAGGUCUUGCAGAGAUGAAUAUGAUGCCCAUUUGUGAAUGGUUGGGUUUGGACAUUUCUCACAGUACUAUAGGCCUACAAAGUCUGCAAGUGGACUACUUCAGCUAUGUUCUUCACAGUAAGGAUAAUAAAGAUAUGGUACAAUAUGGUAUUGGUUAUGUAAUACACAUUCUAACUGGUGUAGAGACUUCAGUAGAAUUAAAGUUUUACAUAGAUUUAGUUUCAGUUUUAUUUGUGACAAUGGAUAUUCUUUGCUGUGACAUACUGUCUUUAAUUUUGCUUCUAAAUCUCCCCCUGUGUGCAAGGAAUGUAGCGCGCAGGAUCAAACGCAGGUCAGCAAGAUUGCAAGACCACCACGUUAUCACUGCACUGCACAGCACACAGCAAUGCCAUAGAAAGCCACUGGCAACAUACGGAUGCAUCUCUGGCUUUCUAGUUUCUCGAAAUUCAGCCGUAAAAGGAGGGAGAUUCCGUUUAAUUCGGUGUAUAUAUCCGGCUUUGCUGUACCUUCGUCCCGGGCUUUCAUCGUCUCAGGUACGUAGAUAAAAUGAAUUCGUGCGUAAAUUGUACUAUUCAAGAAAUAAAGGGAAAAAAACUCCAUACACUGGAUUUCAAACGGGAGUAUGGAACCCACCGGCUUUUGUCUAUCUUUUAAUAACAUCUAUCGCAUAACAUAUACCUCUUAAAAGUUUUUUCCUUUUGUGUGCUGUGCAAUAUUCACGGUGUUCUGUGACAUCUGGUUCGUAGGCCUGUGAUUGCAUAUAUAUUUUUCCCUAUUUAUAUGUGCGUGUGUGUAUGACG